CAGAGGUCGGAGAGAAGCGGAAGUUGUUGGCUGUUUGUGCCACUGCAGCAAGUGCAGGCAGCUCCUAGCAGGCUGACGCUCUUCCCGAUGUGUUUUUACGGUUUGUCACUGAAAAGGAAAAAUAUGACAAGGUCUGGAAUAUACGAAAGAUGAAGCCGAUAAGUCCAGGGAAUUUAUUUUUACCCUCGUCGCCUCUGAAGAAGAGGAUAAGCUAACGUAAAGAAACCCGGAAGUGUUGUUGAAGCCCCCAGCAGCCAUAACCACAAUGAGUGCCAAAUAUGGCCUGGUGGGCUACAAUAGUUCACGGAAGCACAUUUCAAUCUCCAUCCCAUCAUCCACGGAGGUGAUGUCACCGCACAUAAAGUCUGUGGAGGAGCUUAGAGUUCUAGGAAUCAACCUGAGCAGCUUCAGUGCCCCCACACAGUUUUUCAUUUGUGUGGCUGGAGUCUUCCUCUUUUACCUCGUCUACGGAUACCUGCAGGAGCUGAUAUUUUCUGUGGAAGGAUUCAAGCCUUUUGGGUGGUAUCUCACUCUGGUUCAGUUUGGCUUCUACUCCAUGUUUGGACUAGUGGAGCUUCAGCUCACACAGGACAAACGGAGAAGGAUACCUGGGAAGACCUAUAUGAUCAUAGCAUUUCUUACAGUGGGAACUAUGGGACUAUCCAAUACCUCUCUGGGCUACUUGAACUACCCUACGCAGGUCAUCUUCAAGUGCUGUAAACUCAUCCCUGUCAUGAUUGGAGGAGUGUUUAUACAAGGUAAACGCUAUAAUCUGGCCGAUGUGUCCGCUGCUCUCUGCAUGAGUCUGGGACUCAUCUGGUUUACGCUAGCUGACAGUAAAGUGGCCCCCAACUUCAAUGUCACAGGUGUUCUCCUCAUCUCCCUGGCACUGUGUGCAGACGCCGCCAUUGGAAAUGUGCAGGAGAAAGCCAUGAAACUCCACAAUGGCUCGAACUCUGAAAUGGUGCUGUAUUCAUACUCCAUCGGUUUUGUCUACAUAUUGACAGGCCUACUCUGUGUGGGUGGGCUGGGGACAGCAGUGGCAUUCUGCUCAGAGCAUCCUGUGAAGACAUACGGUUACGCAUUUUUCUUCUCUCUAACGGGUUAUUUUGGCAUCUCUUUCGUGCUGGCCUUGAUCAAGCUGUUUGGUGCCCUGGUUGCAGUGACAGUGACCACCGGGAGAAAGGCCAUGACUAUCAUACUUUCCUUCAUGUUCUUCACAAAACCUUUCUCUUUUCAGUACAUCUGGGGUGGCCUUUUGGUGCUCUUCGGCAUCUUUUUGAAUGUUUACAGCAAAAACAGAGAUAAAAUGAAGCUUCCCUCCAUCAAGGACCUCAGGAGCUGGCUGCUGACAGGAAAGAAAGUCCGAUUUCUCUCCCAAAACGUAUAAAAGGCACCCACAGGGAUAGUGAAGCCCUGCACAGGCAAGACUAUACGUCUUUUCAGAUGUAGAGUUGGCCCCACCCUGUCUCAGGGGAUAUGCUGAAGCGUGUGCCUGAGCUACGGGCCUCAUCACCACCAACAUUGAGCCAGGGAUGGGUACACAGGGUUUGAUGACCAAUCAGCCUCACAAACAGUGGACAUGAUUAAACUACGAUGGGGGAUGAAGUCUCUGUAUCCUCUCUCUAUCUACUGAUACACCAGUGGGGUACAACUGAUCUGCAGCAAACUGAAGGAAGUGUAACUAUUUUUAAAAGGGGCUCAAUGGCUAGUGUGCUCUUGUCAAGCGAUGCUUCAGAGCCCUACAGAAGCAUUCCCAACAUGGCGGACAAAACUUUAAGACCCUAAAAAAAGGGAAGCCAGCGCCUUAGCUAACCAAAUAGCACAGUUUUGCACUGGAAAUGACUCAUGGCUUAAACUCCUUGAGUGGUUGGGGAAAAAAAUUACAUUUUGGAAGGAAAGAGUCAGGAAUGGAGAGAGGACACUGUAAUGUGUCAUGUCUAAAAUGAAUGUUUCAUCCCAAUCUUAAAAAGAAAAUACAUAUUGAGAAAAAGGCAUAUUUGUCUUCGCACGUGUCAGAAAGACAGAACAAAAAUUUGAUUUACAUAAUAGUGUCUUGAUAAAAGUGACUUUUUCCAUAGUUUAUUAGUAAUUUAUAGCUGACUGUGCCCUAAAUCAUGAAAAAAUGUGUGAUCUGUGUCAUUGUAUGGUGACAUUUUGGGGAAUAUGGAGACAUAACUAUAUCAACAAUGUCAACUACCAUUAUUUGCAAACCAUGUGUUUGGGUGAGAGUACUGCUCUUUUUACAAUAAAGCAAACUGAGACAUUU